AUGAUGUGGGAUCUCAGCGGAGGAAGGGCUACGCCCCAACCGCCUCCUCAAUCGGCUCCUCCGCGGAUGCCUAGCCCUGCCUUUCCUGUGCCUCAACAUGCACCGUCAUCCUCCCACUCUAAUAUGCCCAAUGUUGGUUCAUUGUACCCACCACUUCCGCUAUACGGCUCGACGUCUUUUGACGCCUACCAGACAUCUCAGGAUGCCCAUUACCCCACAACGAGUCAAUACACAACGCCUUCAGGGCACACUAUCACUGUCACACACCAUUCUAAGAGCUCACACCGACGACAGCGGCGCCACAGUCACUCGGUAGUGACACCAAUUCCAACGCCUACACCCCCUCAGGCUGUUCCCCAGGUCCCAAUCUACACAACCUACGCCCCCGUGUCGUAUACGAAGCCUACAAUCAUAUACCCGCCCAACUUUGGACAAUCCAGUCAGCAAGCUCGGCCUCCCAGCCAACCUCGACCGUCGAGCAGUCAGGAAGCGAGACCUUCCAAGCCCUCGAGGGAAAGCUCGUCCCAGAAGCCGACCAAAAUGGCCAAGCCUUCCAAGAGCUCAGACUCGAACACGGAACCAGAGUUCCGGUACUAUUCCAAGUGCACAGGCCGAAGAAAGGCUCUUUGCAUUGGUAUCAACUAUCGAGGCCAAAGUAACGAACUACGUGGAUGUGUUAACGAUGCAAAGAAUAUGCGGAGAUUCCUCAUAGACAAGGGAGGAUAUCGCUCGGAAGAUAUAGUAUUGCUGACAGACGACGUUAGUAACCCUCGGCACUUGCCCACACGAAAGAACAUCAUCUCGUGUAUGAAAUGGCUUGUGCGGAACGCUAACCCGAACGAUGCUUUAUUCUUUCACUAUUCGGGACAUGGUGGCCAAACCCCCGAUUUGGAUGGCGAUGAAAUUGACGGAUGGGAUGAAGUCAUAUAUCCGUUGGACUUCAAGAAGAACGGUCAUAUCACUGACGAUGAAAUGCAUGACCUGAUGGCGUUAUUUGACUCAUGUCACUCUGGCACAGUCCUAGAUUUGCCAUACAUCUAUUCCUCUCGUGGCCGCCUGAAGGGAAGUCACGUUAGCGAUCGGGCUAGGAGACGCAAAAAGACCUACGCGGAUGUCAUCUCUUGGUCUGGGUGCAAGGACGGUCAAACGAGCGCUGACACCUUCCAUGGCGGUGUUGCUGUGGGUGCUAUGAGCCAUGCGUUUAUCGAGGCACUGAGUAAGAACUUGUUCCUCGCCGGCAGUUGUCUGAACAGUUUAUUGACAGAAACCGCUUUGCAGCCACUCGCCCCAAGCAAUCCUAUCAAGAACUCCUUCGUUCGAUCAGGUUGA